AUGUCUAUCACGUCGUUCUUGAUGCUCAUGCUCCCUGCGGCAAGCAAUGCUCUGUAUAAUUUCACUCCAGAGAAUGCGUCAACCUUUUAUGAUGCGGAACUACCAACCCAAUAUUCCUUGCCCGAAUCUCAGCUUGUCACAUCUUCCGUUAAUUCAUUCUGGUCCACUCACUUCUUGACCUCGGCCAACUCGACCGAGUACGUUCUCUUGUCGCAGGGCUUCGUACUUCCCUCCGGCACUGUUAUAAAUAACUCAACGAACAAGAACGGAAAACUCAGCAUCAAAGCACCUGGCUUUGAGUUUUCGAGCAACUCUAAUGAUAGUAAUUCCACCAUGGUCUCGAGUGAUUCGACUGAUCACUAUGAGUAUAACCUUACCGCGAAAGCAACAACUCGGGUCCUUCUGAAUGCUGGAACGGGUUACUUCUCAUGGGGAAACGGCAAAAACUUCGCAGUGGUCUCUUCCGAGCUGCCAGACUUCAGGCACGUUGACUCUAGGCGACCAGAUCCUCCAGGUCGACGAGGAACGCUCGAUGACCUGGUACGAUCGUCAGAAGUCAAGGCCAGCAUUUGGCUCUCCGACAAUGAGGACCCAGCACAGCAUUUACAAUUUGCAACAGUUCGUACCGACCACGGUUUGGAAAUAGUCCGCUUCAACGUAACAAUCGAGCCGGAGAACACGUGGACCUCUUCGAAGUCCAAUUACACCUACCAAACAAGAUGGUUCCUGACAUCAAGAGCGUCCGUAACGACCAAGAUUUACGCAGAGAACUCGAUCUUCUCAUCAUCACCCUUUACAACUGUAAAGGGACGGUUCUUUGGUCAGGAGGACUGGCUUCGCUCUUCUGGAUAUCUCGCCUCCAACAAGCUUACAAGGGGGCAAUGCCGUAUUCUAAACAACAAAAUGAUGGGAACUGUCCAAGGCCCUGGGUUCGAGGCUUGUAUUAACAUCAAGGAAGUGUACAUAAAUGAAUUUUUGUAUUAA